AUGGUUCCCACUCUUACAUCCAAUUCUUCUCUUAUACCAACCACAACCACACCUCAUUCCAGGUCCACAUUUCGGAGUCCAUCAAGGUUCAGUGUCUAUGCUAAGAAAUCUGGAGGAUCAUUUCCUUCGUUUGGAUUGGGAAAAGGAAAACCAAAAGAUGAAGAAAAAGACCAAUCAAAUGGUUCAGCAAAUUCUAGUAAUAACCCUUUUGGUUUCAACUUUGGGAAGUUACCUGAUGUGACUUCUUUGAUUCCUGUUGGGAAUAACAACUCUUCUGCGCCGGGAUUUUCGUUUGGAAGUCCAAGGCGUAAGGAUUCUUCGACUGUUUUUGUUGCUGGUGCUACCGGUCAAGCUGGUAUUCGCAUUGCACAGACUUUGCUUAGAGAAGGGUUUAGUGUUAGAGCUGGUGUUCCUGAACUUGGUUCGGCUCAGGAAUUGGCUCGUCUUGCUGCGCAAUAUAAGAUUAUAUCAAAUGAAGAGGCAAAGCGUCUCAAUGCUGUGCAGUCGAGCUUUGAUGAUGCAGACUCAAUAGCAAAAGCAAUAGGCAAUGCAAGCAAAGUGAUUGUCACAAUUGGUCCCGCAGAGAACGGUCCAACGACAGAGGUCUCCACAGCAGACGCCUUGCAAGUAAUUCAGGCUGCUCAGCUGGCAGGUGUGGGUCAUGUUGCAGUCAUCUAUGACGAAAGCGUUGGGGCAUCAACCAACAAUGUACUUGAUGGUAUCUCCUCAUUCUUCAACAAUCUCUUCUCUCGGUCUCAACCUUUGUCUAUUCAAGAGUUCUUGCAGAAAGUGGUUGAAACAGAUGUGAAAUAUACCUUAAUCAAGACAAGUUUGACGGAUGAUUUUGCGCCAGAGAGUUCUUAUAAUUUGGUCUUCUCAGGCGAAGAAAGCACCAGUUCGAACGACUAUAAAGUAUCAAAGUCUAAGAUAGCAUCCUUGGUGGCUGAUGUCUUCUCCAACACACAGGUUGCAGAAAACAAGGUUGUGCAAGUGUUCUCUGACCCAAAUGCUCCCCUGAGGCCCGUAGACGAACUUUUCAGCACUAUUCCGGAGGAUGGAAGACGGAAAGCCUAUGCUGAAGUAUUAGAGAAAGCCAAAGCAGAAGAAGGGGCCAGAGCGGCAGCUGAAAAAGAACGUGAAGCCGCUGAAACAGCAAAGAACCUUUCCAAACAAGAAUCUCAAGAGAAGGCAGAAGUAGCCGGAAACGGAGCACCAGUGGAAGAUAUCUUGAAAAAGGCAAAAGAUUUUGGUGCAGGAUUUUCAUGGCAAAAGUUCAGCUCACAGGUUGCCACCUCAAUUCAAAAGCCUGAUGAGGAUGAGAAACCGAAGGUGCAAGUUGCUACUGUGAGGGGACAGGCGAAGGCUCGGAGUCUCAUUCCGAAAUUAGCUGUGACGAAACAAACAACUCCGAGAAACAGCGCUAGUAAACCGAAGGAAGAAAAAAGAAAAGCAGAAGCACCAAAAGAGGUUAGGAAGGUAUUUGGUGGCCUGUUUAAGCAAGAGACUAUCUAUAUUGAUGAUGACUAG